AUGAACGUCGAGGUUGUGCGCCAGAAGCUGGUGGAUGGUGAUCCCAACGCGAUACUUAAAGAGCUUGUAGACUUGUACCGCCGAGUUGAGAUCCUUCACACACCACAAUUAAGUCGGAUUCUUGAGGCGCUUUUUCCAGUCUGGAAAGAACUACUGCACUCAAAACUACCACCGCAACUGCAUGCAACGACACAAAACCGCUGUCGUAAGGUACUUCUGCAGAUCUUAAACCGGCUUCCAAGCAAUGAAGCGUUGAGGCCAUAUGUUAAUCAGGUGCUGCAGCUUCUCAUGGAGGUCUUGCAGAAAGAUAACGAGGACAAUGCACUCAUCGCACUGAAAACACUCUUUGAUCUACACCGCAACUAUCGCCCAGGAUUGCGUAACGAAGUGCAGCCAUUCCUUGAGCUCGUUCAGCUCAUGUAUAAGAAUUUACAAUCGACAAUGGUGAAACAGUUCAGCGGCCAACCAGACACACACAAGUCCAGUAGCUCUGUGCCAGCAGUUACGACGCCGACUGCUUCAAAACUUGCAGCACCUUCAACUACUGUUGCUGUAGACGAAGCAAAGCAGCUUAUAUCAUCACAAAGUAAAACUGAAAGUGCGGCAAAAAUGGAUACUACUACAGAAGCAGCAACAAGGCCAAAUGACAGUGCGGUCGAAGCGAGCACAACAGGUACACCGACUGUACUUGACUCUUCCAAAAUCGCAACGGAGACUACAACAGCAAGUACAACGACGGCUUCUGGGACCAACGCUGCGACUGAUGAGCUUCUAUGUAGCAAUUUAGAAUCGUUUAAAACAAUCUCGGAGCUGCCGCUGAUCAUCAUGUUGCUCUUUCAGUGCUAUCCAAGCUAUAUUGAAAAUUAUAUUCCAGUUCUGGUACCAUUGAUGAUGUCGGCGCUAGCAUUGCGUGCACCAGAAACGGCUGCAACAACGCAUUCAUCACGAUAUUUGGAUUUUUUGGAUUGUCAAGUCAAAACACUGUCGUUUGUGACGUAUUUACUACGUGGAUGUGCCAACCUCAUGCGUCCAUUUCAAGAUGCGAUCUGUGAAAAUACAGUCAAACUGCUAAUUGCGUGUCCCAACGAUGCAUUUGUUUUACGAAAAGAUAUUUUUGUGGCUGCAAGACAUAUAAUCUCGACGGAUUUCCGACGUGGAUUUUACUCUCAACUUGAGCUGCUCAUGCACGAUGACGUGUUGAUCGGCAAAGGACGCUGCAGCUUCUAUCAGAUUCGACCACUCGCGUAUUCGACGCUAGCAGAUAUGAUACAUCAUGUUCGAGACAUGCUUACGCUCGCACAAGUGAGCACCAUUGUGGACUUUUACGGUAAGCGCAUUCACGAUCCAACGCUGCCCAUCUCGAUCCAGACAACAAGCAUUCGACUGCUGCUGAAUCUUGUUGAUAUUUGUGCUAAGAACGAGGAUGCGGAUGCGUGGAAAGGCCGAAACAUUUUAUCGCGAAUCUUGCUAAUUAUAUCCGGAAAAUUUGGUACGACUCUAGCAAAUUUACCCCUGGCUCUAGCUGCAACAUUGCGCAACAAAUCAAGCGGAGAUCGUAGCGAUCUUUUGGAAGGAGGAGCAAUGGAUAAAAUUAAGCAGUCAAAUCUCUUACCAAGAGAGAUCGUGCACAAAACACCAUACGAAAAGAAAUUGGAAUCGCUUUUGUUACCACAUCUGCGAGUCCAGCGACCUGCUGAUUCCAUUUUAGAGGAAGAACCGAUCGUUCGUGAUAUCAAAUCACUUUUGCGCACGAUGAUUCUAGGCAUUCGUGCUGUGAUCUGGUGUACAGCAAACUAUCGAAAUCCUUUCGCAAAAGAUUUGUCCACCGUGGACGCUUCUUCAGCAGAUGGAUGUGCACUAGCUUCCGACCCACUGAGUGAAUUAAACGUGCACUCGAUGGAAUUUGCUGGAAAUAUAUCUUCUCGAUCAUCUGGAGCGGAGCACAUAUUUCCGUUAACGGAUGACGAACGGCUAUUGAUUGCGAAGGUACUACAGAAUGGGCUGCGGUGUUUCAUUUUGUACACGUUAUCGGACAAUACUGUGUCAGAAGAAAAGCAAAUGCUGGACCAUUUUGCUGGCGCAUUUACUGUGUUAGAUGCAGCAGAUUUUAGGGACCUCUUCAUCGCAAAUACUCAGCUACUUUACGAGUGCAUACUUCAGGAUUACGCCAUCUUGACGAUACCUCAGCAUUUCUUGGCGAAUUCGAAUGUGAGCUGCUGGUUUGCCGAGAUCCUUUUGAAGUUUUUAAUCACGCAAAUGAAGGAUUUGAGCGUCAAAGCAGAGGGCGAUCUCCCUGAUACGAACCGUGUAGAUAAGGUGAUGGCUAUCGAGAAUCUGCAAUUUGAGAAAAUGCGUCCUGUAUCUCAGGUGGACCGUGCUUCUAUCAUUCUUCGGUUAUUCAAAAUUGUAUUCGGGUCUGUCACGCUAUUUAAAUCAAACGAGUCUGCGCUCUUUCCGCAUCUGCGUACGAUUAUUGAGUCAUGCCUGAAACAGGCGACGUUUACUAAGCACCCAGACAAUUAUUUGCUCUUGCUGCGCGCAUUGUUCCGGUCAAUCUCGGGCGGAAAGUACGAAAACUUUUAUAAGGAGGUUUUUCCGCUGUUGCCAGGUGUGCUGUCCGCUUUGAUGCGAUUACAUAUACAUAUUAGUAAGCCGGUGAUGGAAGAAGUUCUUCUGGAGCUAUGCUUAACAAUUCCUGCACGACUUAGCUCACUGCUGCAAUACCUUCCUUCCUUGAUGAAAUCAGUGGUGCGAGCGAUACUAUCGCGCGGUGAGCUCGCGUACUUGGGCCUGCGGACACUCGAGUUCUGGGUGGACAAUCUGAAUCCAGACUUCUUGUAUCCGAUAAUGACUUCUCAGGAUCGGCUUUUGACUGAGAUAAUUGAGGCGUUGAACACCCAUCUAAUUCCGCCGCCGUAUCCGUAUGGCGAAUUAGCAAUGCGGGUUUUGGGAAAAAUUGGCGGCCGCAAUCGUCAGUAUCUAAUGGAUCCACUGAAUCUGGACUAUCAACAAAACUCUCAUGCAGGACUCACCUUCAUUUUCUCAUGGGGUGAAAAUGGAGACGGUCUAGAUAACAAUUGGAAAAAAGGUGGCGUCGCACUCUCGCAAGGUGACAAAUUUCCGUUGAAGAUGGACGUACUUGUCGCACAGGCAGCUCAGGUGCUUCGUAGGUAUUUGCGAAAUACAUCGACCGAGCGCAGCAAUAUAAGUAAAGUAGACGCGCGACUUGCUGAUACCGACGAACUUGAGGAAAGUGACACUUUGACACGACCCUCUUUCUUGCUGGUUAAAGAUGACAAAACAUUGCAAAUGGAAACAGAAACGAUGGAAAAGAUCCAAAGGUGGGUUGUACAGCACAAGCGGUGCGCGUUUGCGUUUGUCUCUCGUGCGGCUGUCAUUUCGCUGGAUAUUAAUAAUAGUGAGUUGGCUGACGAAGAGGUGGUAGAAACGAAUGCUGGCAACGCAGAGGAGCCAAUACAAAAGGUAUUGUCGCAAGAGGCUGUGCGUGCUACACGUUCACAGCUAUUGCAGGUCUUGUUUGAAACCGUAGCGGAUGUCGACGUAGGCAUGGAGGCUAGAGAAGUGUUGGAAGGUAUUGCGGGACACUUGACGGUACUAGCUCUCGACAAGUGCUCGCGCGAUCCACCAAACUUUGCUGUUCUUUCCUCACUCCAUGCGUCAACAUUGUAUGCAGCCACUAGAGGAUUACCACCUGGUCGUCGUUUGGCGACAGCAAAAAGAAUUGAAACGCUACGUCAAGCAACUUACGGUACCGCCAAAAUGAUAGAAGCUGACGUGACCGACGAAUUUUGCUCAUUUAUCCAAACUGUUUCGGUUGCGUUGAGCUCGCCCAACCAACGCGUCGUUGAUGCUGCAACAGAAAUUACCGCAUUUAUAGUUAGGACGGCUAUUGCUCAAUUCGACUCGCGGCAUUUGGCUGUAGAAAGCGGAGGUGCCUUGUUUAACAGAAUGUGUGAAGUGUUUGCACAUGGCUGCUAUGACAAAGAAAGCUGGCGUCAGAAACUUGGCGGUGCAGUUGGACUCCAGUUGCUUGUCGAUCUAUUAGGAGCUCAGUGGUGCCACGAAAACGAGCUCACUAUUAUCAAAGCUCUUUUUUUCGUGCUUUCAGAUCAUCCUCCCGAAGUAAGUGCGACCAUCAGUGUUGUGACUGGAGAGACGCUAGUGACUGUUGUCAAGACAGCGUGGAAGGUUCAUUCGGAAAAUUCUGAUCGACUUGACGACAAUGACCCCCAGAAAAGUUGUUAUAAUUCGUGUGUUGCUUUCCAAGAUACAGAAGUAUUUCAAAUGGUUGUUGUGGAGUUUUUGAGCUCAAAGGCACCAACACGACUGUAUGCGAAAGAGUGUAUUCACGCUAUCGCUGCAUUAAAGAAAACAAGUGCUUCAGCUUUGCUGUACCCAUACAAUCAGCUAAUUUGUAAGCAGAUUACUGGUUGUAAUUUUCGUAUGCUUUCAAGUAACACAAGGACAGGGUAUGUUGAUGCUAUGGCAUACGCACUAUCUUUAAGGCCUCCAAUCUUUUCGUUGACAAAAGAGAUUAUGUUCUUUCUUCAAGAAGUAUGGAAGUUAAUUUCGGAAGACUCGCAGCGCGACGGAGUCACGAUGAUAGGAGCUGAGAGUCCUAGUCAUGCUGCAGGUGCAACGGCUGGAAUUGCAGGGUCCAGUGUUCCAGCACAGAAAUAUCCAUUCGGGCUGUCCCAAGCUUGUGAGUUACGCAUUGCAGCUACCAAACUUCUUCGUGCGGCCUUUGUCGCAGCGCCCACAGAUAUUAAUCAACACCCUGAGUACCGCAAUCGCUUCGUAGGUGUCUUUUUUCGAUACUUAACGGGUCAGCCCCCAGAAUUGGUACAGGUCGCUCAAGAUGCGCUGACGGAUAUCAUUCAGCUGAACAAGCAGAACAAAGACGUGUUUUUACCCAAAGACCUUUUGCAGCAGUGCUUACGACCAGUGUUAUUGAAUUUGGCAGACUAUCGAAAGCUGAAUAUACCGCUUCUUGAAGGAUUGUCUCGGUUGUUGACACUACUUAGUAGUUGUUUCAAUGUCACACUUGGAGAAAAACUUUUGGAACAUCUGAAACAGUGGCGUGAUCCAGAUCGAAUAAUCAAAGCCGGAAUUUGGAAGCGAGGAGAGGAGCCUGCUGUAGCAGCUGCGAUUGUGAACCUCUUUCAUUUGCUUCCCUCGAAUGAUGCGUUCUUGGAGCCACUUAUAAAUUGUGUAGUGGACCUGGAGGCUGUACUACCAAAGUACGGAAGCUAUGGCAAAAUGAGUUCCCCAUACCGAAUUCCACUGACACGAUUUAUAAAUCGAUACGCGUCUAUGGCUGUUUCAUUUUUUCUAAUGCGUAAACAUCUGUUAGAAGUAAAGUUUUCAUCACUUUUUCAGCAAAUACUCAAACUCCCGGAAGCGGGUCCUCUUCAUGCAGUCAUUACAGGCGACGGUGGAGCAGAAUUGGUUGUUGAGGCAACUUUCAAUGCAGCACUAAAGACCGAUGCCGCUGAUCUAGGGGAGUCAAAGGCUGGCGCAGAAGCGUCAAGUGAGGGCACCAUGCAAGCUCAGAUUCAAUUGAAUGCCGAGAAAGCGGCUGCUCACGCAGUUGCGAGCGCUCAAGCUCAAGGAAUGACAGCGCCUAUAGCAGAGGCUCGUGGAGUACAAGCCCGUGCGGCGUACGUUGUUAAAGCUCAGGCGCAAGUCAACGCGCAACAGGCUCUAAAAGUGCAGUCUCAAGUUCAAAUUCAAGCAAAUGCACAAAAGUUGCAUGCUCAGACUCUCGCCGCAGCACAGGCGCAAGGGCUGUCGCUGGUUCAAGCUCAGGCAAAAGCUCAAUUGGCCAGCAAAGAAUAUAUCGCGAAAGUACAAAGUCAUUUAUCUUCAGCAGCUUUGCAAGCGGCGCUGCCAAACACCGCGAUGAGCUCAUUCGUCUCGCAGCAGCAAGCACAGCAACUUCAAGCUCAAAUUCAAGUGAAUGCUCAGAAAGUGCACGCUCAAGCACUUGCAACAGCACAAGCACAAGGUCUCAAACCGUUGCAAGCGCAGGAAAAAGCAAAACAAGCGCAAGCGACCUACGUACACCGAGCAAAUGCUCAAGCUCAAGCAAAAAUUGCACGUGCACAGAGUCAAGGUCUAGUGUCUUCGUUGGGUCUAGGCAACACGUCAGCACCUGUAAGCGGUGGGCUGUUUGUAUCAAAAUCACACCAAGAGGCGCUAGAGCUGCAAUAUCAGGGAUUGCGGCUGGUUCGAUCAGUCAGCAAACUUCAUCCAACGUGGCUGGCAACACAAACUGUGAUUAUUGAGUGCUUGCGGAAACUCUGGCGCUCACCAGCUCGCGUGCAGCGGCUUGUAAUACCAGAUCAUCUUCCAAUCAAGCUACACCUUGAAUCCAAGCUAUUGAUCAAGUGUAUGAUCACGUACAGUCGCGUUAAACCUGAAGACGUGCAAGUGCUUCUGGACAUGGUAUCGAUCUUCUUGCACCGUACACCUUUCGACUUUACUUUCUUGCAGACAUUUUAUCGCGAGGAGGUAGCAGUGAAGUAUAGCACUCUUAACAAACGCAACCUCAUUCGAUUGUUCUUGCGAAUGCUUCGCGAGCCAAGUGCGUCCGAAGAGCUCAAAGUUCAUACUGUACAACUCUUGAUCACGCCUGUGCUUACGACAUCAUUCGAGGAUUCAAAUGUAAGCAACAUCGAUGUCAUGGAUCUCGACACCAUCAUGUGGAUGCUUAGGGAAAUUUUAGCGAGCAAAGAUUUUCCAACGGAUUCCAUGCAAAGCCUACGAAUUGAAUUGCUCAAGUUAGGCACGCUUCUAAUUCAGCAUAUGAGCAAGUAUGUGACGGACCACCGUAAAGAAGUGAUCAAGUUUGCGUGGAACCACUUAAAGGCACAAGAUCUGACGUCAAAGCUUUGGGCCUAUGUCAAUGUAUGUCGCUUCAUUUCAGUCUACGACACUCCGCCCAAAAUUGUGCUACAAGUUUAUGUUGCGCUUUUGCGCACGCAUGAAAUGGACGCGCGUUUCCUCGUACGCAAGGCUUUUGACAUCCUUUUGCCUGCUUUACCAAGUCGCCUUCCCUCAAACGAAUUCAUUAAAGCGAUUAAAUGGACCAAGAAGAUCGCAUACGAAGAAGGCCACGUACUUGGACAGCUUGUGCACAUUUGGUUUCUUAUUGUUCGUCACCCAGCACUAUUUUAUCCUUUCCGCGGUCAAUUUGUACCUCUCAUGGUAAAUUCCCUAAAUCGCUUGGCAAUUCCCCCAAGCAGUACGCCGGACAAUCGCCGACUCGCGGUGAAUAUCGUGGAUUUAGUCAUUUCGUGGGAGCAAACACGGCAAGAUCGACUUACUGUUCGGAGCGCUUCUUCCGGGCUCAAGUUGACAACUCCUGGUAAAGAGCUGAAGCGAAGUCCAUCUGCAAUGGGUUUAGCAGCCUCUGAGGCAUCACAAGAUGAUCAUGCGAUGAAAAAGCGAAAAGUUUUGAUGCCUGGCACUGCAAAUGAAUUGGCGUCGAAGGCGAUAAAACUUGAUGUGAAUGCAAAGCCGGGCGAAGACCGAUCUAUUAUGUUGCAUACUCAAGCCUUAACGCAGAUGUCCGCGACAUCAGGGUCGGAUCAACAGGUGGCAUCUUCGUCUUCAGAUGUUACUCGAGCGAGCAAUGACGACGAUUUUGAGUUAAGUGGAGCAAUGGUGGACCUGGUCAUAAACUUUGCAUUUCGCUUUGCUUUAGCGUCCGCAGACAAGCAAGAGACGAGUCGCUUGGCGAAAACUUGCGGUGAACUUUUCGACAAGGCUCUUCGCCUGUGGCCGUCUGCUGCCAUCCGCUUCUCCUACUUUGACAAGCUGAUUGCUGUCACUGCAGAGACUGUCAUUCGGCAACAGCAUCAGCUCCAAGUGAGUAUAGAUGCUGCUUCUGUUGCAGCUGGGAAAUCUGGACAGCAAGUUCCAAUUCCGGCACCACUUCCACCAACAGUGAUGCCGCCAUUUUUUUCGGUUCCGAAAGGCGCACCUUUAUCUUCACUCGCAAUUCUUGACGCUGUAUUGGGCAUCUUGAACUCGUUAGUUACCCCAGAAGUCGUCACUAAAUCCAAGCGUCCAGUCCCUUACGUGAUUCAGUACGCGCCUCGAAUUAUGAAGUUGCUGGAGCCGUGUUUUGAUCGUCAAAAUCCCGAGAUUCAAACGAGUUUGAUGAAAUUUUUAUGCCGUCUGGCAGAGCUGUAUCCUCCGUCUCGUGCCCCGCAACCCUUGAUCGUGUGCAAAUUCUAUCCAUGGCUCCGUGACAUUAUUAACGAGCGUGUUCUUAAUGCAGCCUUGUUUCAGCAGGAUUUAAGUACAGGUGUCGGAAGCUUUCCAGCGGGAUCGAGCACUCUGGCUUCCAAAACCAAGACUAAAAAUGCAUCACUCAGCGUGGCUAGCUUUAAAGCUGAAAAGGUGGGAGUGACGAUUGGCAAUGCUACAGUAGGCCAUCACGAUGCUUUAAACAAACACUCAAAAGACACAGAUGGCAUCAAUCCGUUGAUCAAUCACGAAGCUGCUCGUAUGCGCUUGCUUUUUACGCAACAACCACGAGGAACAGUGUCAACUCUAAGUUAUCCUGGAGAAUUCACCCUAAAGCUGCUAAGUGGACUAGCCAAAGUUGCUCCGGAGCUCGUGGAUCACUUUGCUCCAGCAUUACUCAAGCUGGCGCAGCGAUUCACGCGUGAGCACCUGAUUCAGUCAGCUGCUACUGGAUGUGAAUAUUCCCUUGGUGAAAAGCAUGGAGCUUCUAAUGGUGCAGUGAUGGGUGUUGAAAGUGGUCAGGCGGUCGUGGAUUCCUUUGGACGGAACCGGGUUAUGGCUACACCUUCGUUAGCAAUCGUUAAUGAGUGGGAUCAAAUUCAGACAGGACGAUCGAACCUUGCCUUUAAUAACAUCGUGCGACAUGUGAAACGCGAGACUGCAGGAGAAAAAAUUUUGCUCAAGCGGAAGAGUAAUGUGAAUGAUAUGUUUGGCAAUGAUCCGAUAACCUUAAGUCUAGGAGGCGCGCUGAAGAAGAUGGACGCCGGUCAACUUUCCGUACAAAGUGGCUUGAGCGGUCACAACGACAAGAGGCCGAUUGAAAUGCUGGUACUGUGCUAUGCGCUGUUGGCGAAGUGCACGCUCACAAGUGGUGAACACUGUCGCUUAUACAUAAAUUUGCUGGUACACUGUCUUGAAGGUUCUUACAACAUUCCACUGCUGCUACAAAUCACGAAAAUAGUGGCCGAAAUGAUCGCAUCAACGGAUGCACGUCAUCAGAUUUUGACGACAAAAGACAAGAUGACUUUACUGAGCAAAAUGGCAACAUUCGACCGACUUAAUGAGAUCUCGGCUCUUCCUCUCAAUGAAGAGUAUUAUCAGCUGGUUCUCAAAUUAUGUAAUCUACCACUCAAUGACCCAAAGAAUCAUACACCUCAGUUGCAAUUAAGUCCUACUCCUCAAAGUCAUGGCCUCACGACACACUUUGUGGCAGGUCUACUUGCUCCAGACCCGAUUACGCGAGAGAAGUUCCUGCAGAUUUUUUUUGCCGCUGCUGGCCCUGGACCUGUUGCACGCCUCCAGUAUGUGCUACGUCAAGACUGGCAAGCUUGUGGGACUCGAUACUGGCCUGUCAUUGCAAUUGAAACACUUAUGGCUGCUAUUUCGUCCUUUGUGGUCUUUUCGGCUCAACGAGAAGGAAAACCAACUGUGGCGAGAACUUCAUCUCAUGAUAAAUUUUUAAAAUUUUGUAGCCAGAUAGAGGCUUCAGAGCUCACAUCAGCGUUGCGAAAAUUAGCACACAUUGACUUAGACCUAGCGAAAGAGUUGUGGGUGAGUUUGUUUAGCACAGUGUGGGGUCUGCUCAAAAAGACAGACCAAACUCAGGUGUCCGGCCAAUUGUUAAAGAUUUUAGCCUCCAAGUACAAUAAACGCGACUUGAACGUGCCUCUGGUCGCGUCUACACCUCGGCGUACCAAUGUGGUGCAGACUCUGAUGGAAGGUAUCGUACGUACAAGCCCCAGAGCACCUGUGAUGACGCCGGAGCUCGUGCUACACGUUGCAUCAGCUUAUGAUGUAUGGAGUUGUGCGAUGCGACUGUGUGAGUUUCAGGUGGAGCAAUUAGACUUGAGCGUGGAGAGCAGAUUGCGUUGGAUUGAAGCCCUAAGUUCCAUCUACAAACAACUGAGUGAAGAUGAUCUUCGUAUCGGCCUGAGCCUAGAGAAUGUUUCACACUCGGAGACGCGCGCGGCACUGACUCUGGAAGCUCUUGGCUGUGUGCACGAGGCCCAAGAAGAGUAUUUCCGCGCAUUGUCAAAUGCUAAAAGUGGUCGCGUGAAGGUAGAGGAUGUGAAUCUCUUUGAAUUGCGAUUGUGGGAAGAGCGGUGGGUGGGGUGUGCCAAGCAGCUGUGCCAAUGGCAACUUAUGAAUGAUUAUGCAAAGUCGACACAGAAUCAAGACUUGUUACUUGAUUGUGCCUGGAAAAGAGGUGAUUGGGCAUCAGCAAAGCAAUUGCUACUGGCGCCAUCAAUGCAAUCUUCUACAGAACUUGGGUGUCCACAGACCCGUCUUCAGCGGCUGUACAUCUCGAUUCUUGAUGUUGAGAAACGCACUACUAUUGAGACUCUUGCCUCUCAGACGGCCGAGCUGGCAUUGCAUCAAUGGCAAGGUUUGCCACGUAUUCUCUCUCAAGCACACCUGCCACUUAUGCAUCUAUUCCACAAAUUUGUCGAAGUUGAAGAAUCCAUUCAGAUGAUGCAAGAUAUCAAGACUGCGACAAUGCAACACGCUUCGCUGCCAAACCUCAAGCCGUCAAUUAAUACGUGGCGGGAGCGCUUACCGAACAAAUGGGAGCCAAUUCUUCUUUGGGAUGACAUCCUUACGUGGCGAUCGCACAUGUUCCAAGUGGUCAAAACAACAUUUGCCAGAAGCGAUGCUCAGGUGCUUGCCUGCAUGCAUGACAGUCCUUGGUCCGUUAUAAAGCUGGCGCAAACGGCACGAAAGCAACGACUACCCGAUGUAUGCCUUGGGGCUCUAGCAAAACUAUACUCGGUGCCUGCUAUGGACGUUCAGGAUGCCUUUUCGAAACUCCGAGAGCAGGUCAGCAUUUGCUACGAGAGUGCGACGGAAUACUCAGGCGGAUUGAGCAUUCUUAACACAACUAAUCUGGACUACUUUAGCCUGCGACAAAAAGCGGAAAUGUUUCGACUAAAAGCACUUUUUUUGGAAGCUCAAGGAUCCCUCACUGAGGCAAAUAUGACAUUUUCCCAUUGUCUACAGAUUUGCGAUAGUUAUGGCAAAGGAUGGCUAUCUUGGGGACACUAUUGCUACAAGUUGUUUGUAGUGCAGAAAGAUCUUGCACUGGCCUCGCAAACGAUAGCAUGUUACUUGCAGGCUAUUCAUCACCGGUGUAACUCAGCUCGACUAAUGAUUGCACGUGUGCUCUGGUUGCUGAGCAUGGAUGACCAACGUGGAACCUUAAUUCAAGCUUUUGAGACACAUGGGAAGCAGCUGCCAAUUUGGAUUUGGAUCAUUUGGAUCCCGCAGUUACUUAUGGCGCUUGGUCGUCCGGAAGCACCCCAGAUACGGGGGUUAUUGCGCGGUCUUUCUGCCAAAUUUCCUCAAGCGCUAUAUUAUACAAUGCGAGCUUUUUUCUUGGAGAACCGUGACAAUGCCACGAUGAAUUCUAUUCAGCGGCAGACAGGUAUAUCUCCUUCUGCAGGUGCCACAUCUCCAGCCGUGUCACGAUCUUUCUACCGAACAAAGUCGGGUCACGUUGUGGGGGUUCCUGACACGAUGCCCAUUGCUCAGGUCCGAGAAAUUCCGGGACUAGUAGGACCUUCUCGACCGACGCCUGCAUCAUUUAAUGCAUCCUCUAGUGCCGUGAUGACGCUAGAAGCAUGGACUGAAAAGAUUCGUAGCAGUGGCGGCGAUGGUCACUCAUUAAAGGCUGAAGUUGGACCCGUUCAGUAUACCGAAGACUUGUUGAACUUCUUGCGCAGGUCUCACGACUCGCUUACGUUUGAGAUGGAGUGCAUGUUAGAGGAGAUGAUUACUCGAUUUCGACCUGAACCGGAAGAAGAGCUCCUAACUGCAGUCCAUGCGCUUUUGCUUAAGUGUUAUCAGCUUCCGAGACUUACGAAAACGGAGCCUGUUCCAAAGAUGUUGCGUGCUGCGCUUGCCAGAGUGUGCCGCAAACUCUUUGUGCUGCUUCCUCACCAAAAGAACGAAAAGCAUGAGGCGUUUGUCGACGAAUUCAAGGACGUUUUUGAACGCGACUUUAGCCCUUAUGAAGAUGGAGUUGAGCCCGACCACACUGACCAGACCACAACACUUUGCGAGAUUAUGAAUCGCUUAAAGCGAUGGAAAAGUCUGUUGCAAUUACGUGUCAAAAAAGUGGGCAAGCGGAAUGCAGCAAAGCUGUAUCUUGAACAGUGCAGUCGUCACCUGAUGGAGCUGAGCAGCUCUAACAUGGAGGUUCCAGGUCAGUACGUUUCAGACAGCGAGCCAAUCAAAGAUCUCCACGCACGCAUCUCACACUUCAAGAACACGGUCGAUGUGCUACUGCGCAAUGGAUUUACACAGCGACGUGUAGCAAUGGGCGGUAGCGAUGGCCGAUCCUACUACUUUUUAGUACAAUAUGCAAUGACUCACAUCACUCGCACAGAUGAACGGAUGAUGCAGAUGUAUUUGCUAUUAAACCGCCUGCUUGCUCGCCACAAAGAGACUAAGAAGCGCAAUCUAGUCUUUCACUUGCCAAAGGUUAUCCCACUCACGCCGCGAGUGAGGCUGCUUGAGGACAAUCGCGAUUUUGUCACAUUAGGUGAUGUGUAUGAGCUGGACUGCCAGAUGGAGAACAAAGAUCCCGAUUUUCCGGUUGAGCUUUACCGCGAGCAUAUCAGCGAGGCCUACGCAGCGGCAGGAAUGGAAAGUGAGUCUAGUAAGCAGGAGGAAGAGCGUGUUGCGCUGGCCAAGGCUCAAGCUUUCAACGAUAUUUGUAAGGAGCACGUUUCCGAAACGCUUCUUGCCAAGUAUGUGCACGGCAUUUCAGCUCACAGCGACGCGUAUUUUCACUUCCGUGGCGAGUUUACGAAGCAUUUGGCCCUUUCAAGCUUCUUGUCGUACGCGCUGUUUGUCGGUGACCGUGCCCCCCAUCGUGUGCUAUUUUCACGGCGCACAGGUCGCGUGGUGAGCACAGAGUUGCGGCCCGGGUACGCAAAUAGUGGCAUCUUAGAGGCUGCGACGACAAUGCCAUUCCGUCUUACGCGUAAUCUUCACAGCUUUAUGACGCGACCGGGUGUACAAGGACCAUUUAGUGUCGGAAUGACUGCUGCUGCAGAAGCUCUCACGAGUGAGGAGGAUCUUUUGAAUAACCAGUUGUGUCUCUUCUUCCGCGAUGACUUAAUGUCGUGGCAUGCAUCGAAAACUCGACUACUAUCUCAUGAUCCGCAUACUUCUGGUCGCGCGUUGUCCCCUGUCGGGUCUUUAGGUCCAGUCUCUCCCGAGCAGCACUACGUAGAGUCGCAGGUGCAGCAUCGCGUGGAAGCAAAUGUAGGUCUUGUGCUUGAGAGGAUUCGUGGUGUCGCCCUCAAAAAAGAGAAUGCCAAGUUUUCACGAGGCAAGAGCGUACAAGAAUUAGUGGAGAUUGCAACGAGCGUAGAGUGCCAGCGGGAAAUGUAUCCUACGUGGUAUCCAUGGCUAUAG